GGCGGUUUCAUUGGGGAAGUUUCAUUCGUUCCAGUCUUCUUCAUAGACUUGCUGGUCAUCGCCAACGCUCAAAACUUUUCAGCGAAGAGAAAAAUGGGACUGUUGAGCACUCUGUUGGGAAUUUUUGGCUUUGCAAUCGGAACUGUCAUCGGACUCUUAGCUGGGUUUUAUUUUUUCAUCUACUCUGAGCCCCAAGAAGUCAAGGAACGUUUUUCUAGGCCACUUAAUGAACUGCAUACCGAUACUUUGCUGGAACUUCUACCUGAUAUUCCAUUAUGGGUAAAAAGCCCUGAUUAUGAGAGAGUAGACUGGUUAAACAAGUUUGUUAAAGAUAUGUGGCCUUACCUUGAUAAGGCAAUUUGUCGUACUAUAAGAAGCAUGACAAAACCUAUAUUUGCAGGGUACAUUGGAAAGUUCCAGAUACAGUCUAUUGAGUUUGAGAAACUAACUCUUGGAACCAUUCCUCCAGUUAUUAAUGGUGUAAAAGUCUAUGAGACUAAUGAGAAGGAAUUACUCAUAGAACCUGCAGUUAGAUGGGCUGGCAAUCCAAAUAUAAUUUUGGUGAUAAAGUUGUUGUCCUUUCAAAUCAAAGUUCAGUUAGUGGAUUUGCAAAUAUUUGUUUCACCACGAAUAGCUCUGAAACCUCUUGUGCCUACGUUUCCAUGUUUUGCAAAUAUUACGGUAUCACUGAUGGAGAAGCCUCAUGUAGAUUUUGGAAUGAAGAUACUAGGAGGGGACAUUAUGGCCAUACCUGGCCUUUAUCGAUAUGUUCAGGAGACUAUUAAAAAGCAAGUAGCAUACCUGUACCACUGGCCCCAAACUCUAGACAUACCCAUUCUUGAUUCUUCAACAGUGGCAAUAAAGAAGCCCGUGGGGAUAUUACAUGUGAAAGUUGUGAGGGCACAAAAGCUUUUAAAGAUGGACAUCCUUGGUACGUCAGAUCCUUAUGUUAAACUAAGCCUGACCGGAGAGAGACUACCUGCAAAGAAAACUACCAUAAAGAAGAGAAACUUAAAUCCUGUAUGGAAUGAGAAUUUCAAGCUUCUUGUGAAGGACCCUCAAUCUCAAGUUCUUCAACUACAAGUCUUCGACUGGGAUAAGGUAGGAGCCGAUGACCAGUUAGGAAUGCAGUUGAUCCACCUGAACUUGCUUACACCCAAUGAGAUGAAGGAGUUUAAUCUUGAUUUGCUGAAGAACACCAAUAUUGCUAGUGAUCCUCAUGAGAAGAAGCAAAGAGGGAAAAUAACAGUGGAGCUAACCUAUGUUCCUUUCAAAGAAGAUAGCAUUAAGUUGGAUGGCUCUAUGGAUAAAACAUACUCGAGAACAGAAAGUGGAUUUGAUAAGUUAUCUGAUGAGGAGGUUCCCAGUGGAGCAGGCUUACUCUCAGUUAUGGUUCUGGGAGCUGAGGAUGUUGAGGGGGAACAUCACAACAAUCCUUAUGCUUUAGUGCUUUUUGGAGGAGAAGUAAAGAAGACAAAGACGAUGAAGAAAACUCGCGAUCCUCUCUGGAAUGAAGAAUUUCAGUUUAUGCUUGAGGAACCUCCUUUGCAUGACAAAAUCCGUAUUGAGGUUAUGAGCAAGAAGAGAGGCAUCAGCUUCCGAUCAAAGGAAUCAUUAGGUCAUGUGGAAAUCAAUCUCAGUGAUGUUGUUCACAAUGGACGUAUCAACGAGAAAUACCAUCUUUUCAAUUCGAAGAAUGGAAUGAUACAUGUUGAGAUGACAUGGAAGACUUCUUGAGGAAUUGGAUGAACUCCUAGCAGUUUGCUUUAAGUUUUGACAACUUGAAUGAGGAUGUAUAUAUGAUAUAUUUUCAAUACUAUACCGAAACAAGGAGGGAAUGCAAUCCCUGUUGUUGUUGUUAAAGCCUUUUAGACAUUACAUUUUGUUGUAAUAAUUAGAAUUUACUUUUCUUUCUGCAUUUUCCAGAUAACAUGCUGAAAUUAAAAUUUUUCUUCUGCC